AUGGGAGAGAGUCUUCAAGCACAGUACCUGGACGUUAUCACCAGCGAUGACGAAGUGUGUAUCUCAUGGAUCAUGGCAUACGAGGCAUCCGGGGAUAAGAAGCCCUACACCUGGCUCGGGGACGUCGGAGCAGCUUGCGGCCAAGCCUGGCAAUAUGGCCUCUACACCAUCAACGGAGGUAACAGCCAGCUGUACGCUCCGCGAUGCACAUGGCUAGACGCAGACCACGGCGAAGAUAUCGACAAGAACCCAGUAGCCAUCACCAACCGACAGAUGAAAAUCAACAUGUGGGCCUACGCAGAUCAAGGUGGUAGAAUCAUGGACCUGGACUAUUACUGCGGAUCCACAAUUUUCAGCCACGAUAUGGAUGACCCUAUCCCUGGAAGAACACCUCGUGGUCCUCAGGAAAUCGAUGGCCAGCUUGUUGUGGAUACUGGAGCGCCAAAUGUACCACGCUCGACCAGUUCGCAAAAUGGAACAGUAGGACCUAUACGCAAGCGAAGCCCAAAGUCCGCUAGCGAGCUCGUCGUUAAUUCUAGGCCAUACCAGUCAGCCGUGAAGCUGUGCAACUCGCCGACAUCGCGAGGCUCGGACUUCGUGUCUGUUGAUGAAGGACUCUUCUGUGUGACAUGGAGACCAAGACGUUGCAUCCACUUUGCAGUUUGGAUAGGAAGAUUGGGUGCUUUGAUCUUGAAGCCGAUAAGUUGCAGCUGA